UUUGUUCGAUUUGCUGGCGGGCCAUCAAGGAAUUGGUUUGGCAUGCGGCUGCUGUUGCCACAACUGUUGCAUGCAACAUGGAUGGCGAAAAUCGGAUUAUACUCAAUGUGGGCGGAAUAAGAUAUGAAACCUACAAGGCCACGCUCAAGAAAAUCCCCGCAACACGUCUCUCCCGACUGACUGAAGCCCUGGCCAACUACGAUCCGGUACUCAAUGAAUACUUUUUCGAUCGCCACCCCGGGGUCUUCACCCAAAUCCUCAACUAUUACAGAACUGGAAAACUGCACUAUCCAACUGACGUGUGUGGCCCGCUUUUCGAGGAGGAGCUGGAAUUCUGGGGACUUGACUCUAACCAGGUAGAACCUUGCUGUUGGUCAACCUAUAGCAUACAUCGCGAUACGCAAAACACCUUAGCCAUAUUAGAUAAGCUAGAUAUUGAAAAUGAGAAGCCCACGGAGGAGCAGAUAGCUCGUCUAUUUGGCUUUGAGGAGGCACUGAGCAACGGCGAGCUUAACUGCUGGCAGCGUAUUAAACCCAAGAUCUGGGCCAUGUUCGAUGAGCCCUCCAGCUCCACGGGUGCCAAGAUCGUUGCUGGCAUGUCGGUUUUCUUUAUAUUUGUUUCUGUGAUAUCAUUCUGCCUGAAGACCCACCCCGGCUUUCGCGUGGACCUGCCCUCGGGCCACGACGAUGCCCACGGACCGGGGGCGGGCGGACCUCCGCACGGACACGAUCCCAUGGGCGAACCGCCGCAGACUCAUCAGUACCAUCAGCACAGUAUCACGCCGCCCAGCGGCAGCAUCGGACCCACCUUUCGUGUCACGAACUACACGAGCUACAGCAGCGGCAACUUCACCGCCCCCGGCCAGGCCACGCCCAUUGCCACCAUCAAGGGCGGCCAGCGGCAGCGACUGAAACGAAAUAUCAACGGGAGCAGCCUGAACGAGUUUAUCGAGCAGAAGAUAUUGGGUCACAAUGGGAGGAGAAAGCACGGAUGGAUCGAGACAUAUGGCCAGCCCCAUGAGGCCUUCUUCUACGUGGAGCUGGUGUGCAACGUCUGGUUCUUCAUCGAAGUCCUCAUCAGACUAAUUGUCUCCCCUAAUCUGUGGCAGUUCAUCAAGUCGCCCGUGAAUAUCAUUGACUUUACGGCCACCUUGAGCUUCUACACGGACGUAAUGCAGCGCAUGGGCGAAUAUACGGGUCUCCUGGAGGCCUUUUCCAUUGUGCGGAUAAUGCGGCUGUUCAAGCUGACUCGCCACUCGCCGGGCCUAAGGAUCCUCAUCCACACGUUCAAGGCUUCGGCCAAGGAGCUUACUCUGCUGGUAUUCUUCCUUGUCCUGGGCAUUGUCUUCUUCGCCAGUCUGGCUUAUUAUGCGGAGAAGUUGCAGGACAAUCCGGACAACCAGUUCAAGAGCAUCCCCUUGGGGCUGUGGUGGGCGAUUGUGACCAUGACCACCGUGGGAUACGGCGAUGUGGCGCCCAAGACCUAUCCGGGCAUGUUUGUGGGCGCCCUGUGUGCUCUGGCCGGUGUGCUGACUAUCGCCCUCCCCGUUCCCGUCAUCGUUAGUAACUUCUCCAUGUUCUACUCGCACACUCAGGCCCGCUCCAAGCUGCCCAAGAAGCGACGACGAGUCCUGCCCGUGGAGCAGCCGCGUCGCAAGAGGGAGCCAACUGCUCCGCAUCGCGGCAGGACGAACGCCAUUAAACAGACGCCGCCCACUGGGCCGGGAUUGCUGGCCGGGGGCGUUGGUCCAGCGGGAUCGGGAGGGGCGGGACUCGGUGGCCAUGCGGUGGGCCACCCUCACCCCGCUGCCGGGGCGCCAAUGUUCAAGGAUGCGUUCGGCGGUGCCAAAAUCGGCACCGUGAACGUGAACGGCGUCAAUGUCAUUGGCCUGCAUCCUGGGCAAAGGAUAAUGACGACGACUGCGACGUCGACGACGGCUACGAUGGCGAAUGUGGCUGAUUCGACGCCGAUGUCGGCAAUGACCUACCAAGUGCCUAUGCCCCAGCCACCGCCCGCCGCCCACCACAGUCAUGGCCACGCCCAUGCCCAUGCCCACGCCCACUCCCAUGGCCUUGGCCCCGCGUCGGCGGCGGCGAUGACGUCACCGGCAUCGCUCACUGGCUCAGCUGCUUCGGCAGCCGUUGCCACAGCCGCCGCAGCCGCCCCCGCCGGCCCCUCCUUCAUCAGUUCGGACUACUUGAGCGUGCCGGCGGUGCAGAGCCUUCAGCCGCGGGCGGCGACGACUGGCCACGACUUCAUGCUGCCGCUCCAGCCGAAACUUCUGGGCCCCCUGGAACGCAAGGAUCAGCAUCCGCUGCAGCUGACCGCCCACAAUUUGGCCUCGGAUACGCACCAGCUGAUGUAUUCGGGCCACGCCCACCCCACCCACAAGACGGCGGUGGGCGGUGGGGCAACUGUGCUGAAUGUACCGCCCACAUUGAGCAUGACGCACAGCCAAAUGCCACCCGGCAUGGCCAGCAUGGGUCAGCGAACCCCCAAUCUGAGUUUCAGGGCCGCCCACGGAGGAGCCAGCUCCCAGGUGGGCACGAUACAGCAGCCCAUCCCCCAAGCCCACGCCCAUGCCUGCCACGCCGCCACGAACUGCAACAUCAAGAUCUCGGUGGCCUCCGCCGGCGUCCCGAUGGGCUGCCCGGAUGAGUUCCGGGCCCCCAAGGUGACGCUGCUCGACGAUCUCAGCGACGAGGUGAAUUCCUCGACGGACGAGUGCGGGGACUGCUGCCUGGUGGAGGACAGCGAUACCUACGAGGGAGCCACCAUCAACAAUGGCCAGAGUGGCCAGGAGAACGGAACGGAGGCCAUCGGACUGGACGAUGGUCUGCUGGACAACGAAGAGGAGGACGAGGACGGCGAGGGUAGCGGGGUGGGCGGGGACACCGGCGAUAGUCUCGGGGGGAUCUACAUAGGUCCCAGGCAUUGAUUGCCAGACAUUAACUGGGAUUUUCCCCAUUGAAACAACGGACUUGCCAACUUCUGACAGUACUGCCCAAAAAUGCUCCAAUGCUGCAACUCGGUGAAAGUAAGAAAAAAUGCUUAAAAUCUUUAAGAAAGUGUAGUCUAUGUGUAAUGUGAAUGAAUCGUUAAGUUUACUCUAAACCUAAAGCUGAAGGGAACUUUAUCUGGUUAGGCAGCCGCACAAAGUCUUAAAUGAGAAGUGUAUCUUUAGGUGUUUGAAGACCAAGGUCAAUCAUACUCA